GUUAUGUUGCGUAUUGAUGGUGCAACCCUCGCUGUUUCAAUCCAGUUCUACUUAAAAAUCAAAAUAUAAGGCACAAGUUAUAUUAUUCCACCCAGUUUUAGCGUAAUCAGUACACUUUCGGGUAAAGCAAUAUUUGUAUGUCUUUGCUAACAAUAAUUAUAAAAAUUCCAGUUUUAAUUAUUAUUGUAACUCAACCAGGCGUUCCGUAUGUAUAGUAGAUUUCGUUUUAUGUAGGCACGGGGGCCUACAUAGAAUAAGGUGGCUGUCAGAUACGAAUAUAAAAUCCUGCCUGGUUCUUGUAGUUAAGUAUAUAAUGAUCGUAUAGUCUUAAAUAUAGUAUAUGUUAUAAAGUUCAGUUUAUAAUUAUUUUUUUUUUUAAAUUUACCCUACCCUACUAUUAAAAUACAAUAGUCAGUAGUCUAUAUGAGUAUAUAACUAAAACUACUGUCUAUAACUGUAUAGUAUAGUAUAAUAAUAGUAAUAUCAGUACAGUCAGUACAGUAUAGUCAUAGUCUGUAUAGUGUAUAGACAGUAUAGACCAUACUCCAUAUAGUCGUCUAUAUUGUCAAUAUAGUAGUCUAGUAUAUAAUAUUAUAAUACUUAUAAUAGACUCUAACUGUAGUGGACUAUAAAUUGAAUAAAUAAUUCAAUAUGUCUAAUAUUAUAAUAUUCUAUAAUCUAAAUUAAUAUAAAAAACAUAUAAUUUAUUAUUAUAAUAUAAUAAUACUAAUAAAACAUAAAAUAGGCCUACUAGCCUACUACUAGUAACUACUACUACUACUAUUACUAUCACCAUCUUCAAAAGUAGGCCUAUGCCUAUACUAUGCAACAAAAAAAUAAAAAUAUUGAAUAUAUAUAUUCAUAUACAUAGUUACAGUUACAUCACAAUGACAAUUACUUUUGCAGACUGACAAGUGGGAGACUGCAUUCAUUUUGAUUUGUUUCAAGUUGCCAUAACUUAACGCCACUAUCAUUAAACGGCAAAGUCAGAGUGAGUAUUAAUAAAUAGGCUUUACUUUAACAGGCUGAGGCCUGGGCCUGAGGCUAUAAUUUAAAUAUUUUUGUAGCAUGACCACAUUAUUUAAUUAUAUUGUAGGAAAAAUUAGUUGUUAGUUUUAUAUUAAAUGCAAUUGCAUGAUACUGGGCAUUAUAAUUCAUUAUUCAUUAUUAUGGUCUCUAGGAUAAAAAUUUAAAAAAUGAAAGCAUUUUUUCCUUCACAACACUUAGUUAGCUGUUAGGCAUACAUCAAAACUUAUUGUUACCACAAACAAGCAAAAUUAAAAUUUAGUCACAUUCAUUAUUGUCUUUAUUUUAAAAUCUUAAAUUAUAUUUUUAACACUGAUUUUUGGGGGAUAUUAUUUAUAUUGCAAUCGUUCAAUAUUUACCACCAGUCCAGACCUUGGCAUAUUAAUAUUCAUUGUAGAAUAGACGAGAAAGAAAAUGGACAUUUGAAAUGGAAUUAUUUUUAUGUAAACAAUAGAAUAUGUUUUAUUCUCAUUCAUUAAGAUAAUAAUUAAGGAUAAGUCUUGUUAGUUGACGACCAUUUCAAAUUUAGUUUAUCACCUUUUUCUCCCACAGAUGUUCAUUUCCUUCUUAGACGAUAUUUCUAUUUUGCUUCUUCUGCUCAUUGGUCUACUUACUGCCUUUUAUUUGUAUGCCACAAGUUAUGUUGGUGUAUUUAAAUCAGUUGGCAUCCCGGGCCCUGCUCCAUGGCCAAUAAUAAACCACAUACCAGAAUUAAAGAAACAUGGCCUAUCAAAGAUGCUCGAUGAGUGGAGAGGAAAGUACGGAAAAACAUAUGGAAUAUAUGGGAUGUUCCCAAGAUAUCCCACUCUGGUCACAUUUGAUUCAAGGCUGUUGGAACACAUUAUGAUUAAAGAUUUUGACAACUUUGUUGACAGGGUUGGUAGAAACACCUCAAAAAGUGCUGUUCUUGAGGUAAGUUCCUCAGUUUCAUUAAGCACUUCUGUGUCAAUUUCAGGAGUUAAAUUCGCAAUUCCAGGUCUAUUUAAAGCAUCAUUGAAUAAAAGUUCUAUUUGUCUAAAUAUGAAUGCUUUAUUUGAUAACAAUUGAAAGAUUGCAAUGAUUUGUUCUUUUUUUGUAGUUUUUUUAAAUUUUGACUAAACUUUAGUGUAUAUAAGCAAACUUAACUAUAAAAAGAAUAUUAUAUUACUUUUUAAAAUUUUAAAAAUUAAUUUGUUUUGAUAGACUUAUUUAUUCUGCCAAAGAAAGUUCUGAUCCCUGACUUUAAUUGAAGUUUAACCAAAAUGGGUUUACUUUGCGUAGCAACUUGACAGCAAAAAUAUUUUGUUUAAAAUUACGAUGUAUAAUUUAUUUUUAUUUUGUUGUUUUAAAAAGUUAGUCAAAAUAUAGUUUCUGCUCUCUUCAAGGUUUAAAAAAAAUAUUUUUCAAAACUAUAUUUUUGUAAAUAAAGAAAAUAUAGCUUCUGCUCUAUUAUUUUCAAAGUGUGGUUUGCAAAAUAUUUUUCAACAGCACUUAUUACUUAGUUUAUUUUCUGAACUGCUCAUCUGGCUUAAGAGUUAAAAAAAAUUCAAUUUGUUUAAAAAAAUUAAUUAAUGAAAAGAAAAGACAAAUGGAAAGUUAUUUUUGGUUGUUUGUAUCAAAUACUUUUCAACAGCACUUAUUACUUAGUUUAUUUUCUGAACUGCUCAUCUGGCUUAAGAGUUUAAAAAAAUUCAAUUUGUUUAAAAAAAUUAAUUAAUGAAAAGAAAAGACAAAUGGAAAGUUCUUUUUGGUUGUUUGUAUCAGACCAUAGUAAAAUAAUAAAUCAUUUCAAAUGAAAUUUUAUAUUUACUUAACAUUGAUUUUUUUUAUUAUACCCAUAAUGAUUCUGCAAUGAUGUUUCUUUUUUUUUCCCAGGGUCUUUUUUUCUUGAACGGGGAUCACUGGAGAAGGUCGAGGCAUGUGUUGUCACCAAUGUUUACAGCUGGGAAACUAAAGCAAAUGCUGCACCAUGUGAACACAAGUGCAGGUCAACUGGUCAGCCUAAUGUUAAAACACAAGGAAGAAGGAAAACUGAUUCCAUUAAAAGCUAUUGCAUGUAAAUACUUAUGCAGCUGGGUUUUUUUUUAUGUUUGCAUAACUAUCUUGACAGAACACUGAUCGGUAACUUAAAUUAGCAACAUAUUGUUUUUCUGUUUUAAAAAAAAAACUGAAUUCCAGCAAGUAAUCUGUAUCAAUACUAAUACAAUUUUUUUUUUUUUGUAAAUUAAAUUUUCUCCAGCUCACCAUUAAUUAUAAUUUUCCUAGCUCUGCGUAUACAACAUUAAUCUUUAGGGUUUCCAAUAUAAAAUAAUUGUGAAUUAUGCAAGGUAGGAGCUUGUUAAUAUUAUUAGUACAAAUUCUCUGCCAAUUUUCCUGCAAUGUUCAAAUGUUUGAUUUUUUAAAAAUCAAUAUACAUUUUAGGUCUUUUUUUUCCCCUUUCCGUGUGGUAUAAUCAUAAGAUAUUUGUUUAAGUAAUCUUGAAGUAAUGUGACUAUAAGAUUGCAAACAUUUCACUUUAAAAAGGUAUCUCUCCUAAAACUAUGCUGUUUAGUUGAGUAAGAAACAAGUUAAGUCGUCUUUUGACCAUGUAUUACAUCUUGAUCAUUACCAGUAAUUUAUAGGACUCCUAGAGUAUUACUCACCUUCUGUUUGUUACUUUUUAAAUUUGUAAAAGUCAAUUAGAACAUUAUUUGUUAAAAAUGAUAACAAUUCUAGCUCAAAGAGAGAUUGCCUGUCAUUGCUCUAUUUUUCUGGUCAUGCCUGAAGUCCCUGGUACGAUUUAAAAAUACCCUGAAAAAUAAAAUCUCCAUCCGCUUUAUUUAAAGUCAGUGAUGUUUAUCAUGUUUGUUUUUCAUCCUUCACAAAGAAUGCGGGGACUACCAUUUUCAGGAUGGGAAAUAAAACACUUUUUUUUACUGUUUCCUUUGCAGCCAGGUACACAUCUGAUGUUAUUGCAAGGGUCGGCUUCGGCAUUGACUCCCUGGCCUUGACAGAGGAGAAAAGUGAAUUUGCUUAUAAUAUCGGCAAUUUCAUACGUAUCCCAGCAACUCGUCUGCAAGACAUUCUCAGGUAACUAAUCAUGUUAAGGCUAGGGUGGCAUUUGUUAAGAAGUAAAUUAAAGGGAGAUUGGUGAGAUAAAAAAAAUUUGCUUGUAUUUUUAGUGUUUGGCAACUAAGGGCGACCUGUAAAUUUUUCAUCAUGGUCAAAGUGCACAUGCCCAAAUGGCAUAAGGGUCAGGAUGAUGAUGACGAUGAUUUCAAUGAUGAAGUUAUUUACGCCAUUUCAUCUAACAAUGAAAAUUUUCCAAUCAUUAUUUCAUAAAUUUCUGGAAUGAUUUACUUCCUUUUACAAAAAAUAUCUUCUGUCUAUCUGGUAGUGAUGGAAUUGAUUGUUGGGAUAAUUUUAACAGUCUGAUGAAUGAUUUUGAGAAUUUUUUUUUUAUUUUGAAUGCAGGACCAUUGGAGAGUUUUUCCCCCCAAUAAUGAACUUUGGUCUGAAAUACUUCAAUGAGCAGGUGGAUGCAAUCUUACCGGAGACAAACAACUACUUUGUCAGCUUAAUUAACGAUGCCAUUGAGAGAAAAAUCAAAGAAAAGAAUAUGCCAGGUAAGAUGUGAGUUUUUUUUCAUAAUUUUUAUUCACUGUUUGAUCAGAUUCGUCCGUUUGUUUUUCAGCUUUAGUGAGAAACAUCACAAAGUAAAGGUCAGGGGGCCCUCAAGUGCACUGUUUUGUUUUUUUGCCAUACGCUGAAGACCAUUUGACAAAUUUUAAAAUGUUAAAAUAUUGAUUAAGAGUUUCUGGAAUCUCUAACUCUCAAUGGAAAUGUUGCAAUUUAGUUGCUUUUAAAAGAUAUGUUCCCAGUUAAAGUGGAUAUAUUGUUAAAUAUAUUUAUUUGCUAAUGUUCUCAAGCUCUUUGCCCCCUCUCCCCCCCCUGAAUUAAAAAAAACCUCAAUUGUUGAAUAAACACUCUAUUUAUAUUAUGUAUUUUCAUGAGCAAUGAAAUAAGAUAAGAUCAGAUCAGAUAUUCUUUGAUGGAUCCAAAUAAUUGGAAAUGGUUUUUUUAAAUACAUUUUGCAAAUUUUUUUUGAGCACAUAAAUACAUUCAUACUGUAACCUAGACAACAUUUUAAAAUUAUAGCAAUUUAAACACAGUACAUCUGAAGUAUUUCUCUAGUAUAGAAAUCAGCCAUCAUGGAACCCCCAUUGCUGACAAUAUUGACAUCAGUGACCUUUCAGAUUUGGGAACCACUGUGGGAGCACACGUCACUUGUAAACUCGUACAGGCUGGGGAACAAAAGAAUUUGUAAUGUCUUUCUGUGCUAGCUUUAAGAGAAAUAAUUCACCCUGAGUUUUUUUAGUUCAAAUAUUUCUUCGCAUGAAGAGGCAUGUUCUACAAUUAAAACCAGCGCAUAAUAUUAUCAUCUCCUAGACAAAGCAAAGAAAGCCCACUUGGACAUGCUGGACAUGUUGCUUGAAGCCGAGGUGGAUGACAAGACUGGCAGUCAGCUCACCGCUGCGGACAGGAAGAUCACACGUAAAUAUGUCAUUGGAAAUUCAGCCAUUUUGAUCCUGGCCGCCUUUGAGACGACGUCUACCGCCCUGAGUUCUAUCCUUUACCUCUUGGCCAGACAUCCAGAUGUCCAGGAUAAGGUCAUCGAAGAGAUUGAUGGGGUUCUGCAGGGUAAGGUCCAACCCAGCUACGAGGAUUUGGGAAAAUUAGAAUACACCACACAGGUGAGACAUCCGUUCAGUAUUAAUAAAGAAUAGUGUAGCUUGAUUAUGGUUGCGCCCUGUGUAACAGGGGUCCUCAAACUACGGCCUUCUGGCCAAAUCCGGCCCGCCAGGGGUCUUUAAUCUGGCAGCCAUAAGAGUACCUAGCUAGCAGCAAUAAAAAUGAAACCAGACAUUGAUCAUCUCAUUACCUAUUAUUCCUUUCAUGGUUUGGGGAGAAAAAAACAUUCUGAAUACCUUGGAACCAACUUUUUUGCAUUUUGUAAUAAUAAUUUUUAAAAUCCAGAAUUAAAUUAAAAAUUUUGUUUAAUGGCAUAAACAGUAUGAACUAAGGAUUAUCGUGUUUUAAAAUUUUUAAAAUUCGCAAUGGACAAGAGGUAACGCUGUCUAAUACAGAUGAAGUCCUCAGUUUUAAGAUUACUCUCCAGACCAAACGUCUUUGUUGCUGUUGCUCAUGAUGAGUCACUAAAUAAGCAUUUACACCCUUCCUUUGUACAGCAAGACAUAAAAAAAUAGCAUUUUUAUAUUCAAGUAACUUUUAAUUUAUUGUGGAGGUCUGUUUGAUAAGCAUGCACACACAUACACACAUCCUUUUAGUAGAUAUUUUCAUUAACUUAUUUUAUCUAUAGGUCAUCUAUGAAUCUCUCCGUAUGUUCCCUCCCUCACCUGAUGUGACCAGACGGGCUCAGGAGACCCGUACCUACAACGGGGUCACAAUACCUAAAGGUGUGGCCAUUUUCAUCCCCAUCUACAAAAUUGUGAAAGACCCCGAGUAUUUUCCAGAGCCUUUCAAAUUUGACCCCGACAGGUUUUCCCCUCAAAGGAAAUCUGAGAUCGAUCCCAUCUCAUUUCUACCAUUUGGUUUUGGUCGAAGACAGUGUGUGGCCAAACGGUUGGCCCUGAUGGAAUUAAAGGUGAGAGUGGAAAAAUCCCUUUUCAUAAGCUGUCAUUCAAACACACUUGUAUGUGAGUGCGAUGUUGGUUUGCUACCCCUAGCCGUAUAGCAUUUAAAAUGAUGCCAAUUCGGCGACCUCGAGAUGCGCUAGAGCAGCAUUUCCCAAGCUCUUAAGUUUGGGACAGUUGGAGAUGUUUGGAUUGAUCCAUUAUAGUGUCUAUUUAUCUGACCCAAAAUAUUAAUGUUGUGUGGAACGGCAAUGGUAGACCUGUGGACCGAUGCCGGUCUGUGGAACACGAUUUGGGGAACGCUGAGGUAGAGUAUGGUGAAACUAGGGACGCGGCUUACCCUCGAGGUUCCAUAUCUUCCAAUGUCUUUUGAAGCUUUAAAAUUAUGUGCGUAACUUAUUUCAAAUGUUCCCUUAUUUAUGCUUCUCCUAUUUGAUAUUAAAAUUGGAUGAAGUAGUUAAGUUUUAACUUUAAACAGUUACUGUUUAACAUAUCAGAUUGGCAUGCCUCAAUAUUUUUGUAUAAUCACAAGUUAUCUUAUGUCAUGUCUUGUCUUCUGAUCUCAAUGAACCUCAGUUGAAAUUGUGGAUGUCCCUAGAUGACCCCUAUGUCAUAUUAUGUCACCUAUGUCUCAAUUCUUCUAUACCCUCAGAUUGUCUCUUGUGAUGCCGUCUGACCUCAUGCCUCAACUGUUCUAUAUCCCCAGGUCGUCUUGUGUCAACUGCUGUCCAAGAUGAGGUUUGUUCAGACGGAUAAGACAGAGCCACAGCUGGGCAACGAUGCUGAGUACAUUCAUGUGGAUGGAUUCUUCAUUGCCAAGAAACCAAUCGAGUUGGACAUCGUCCUGAGAUAAUUGGGGGGAAAAGCAACAUGUACGCUGUUUAAACUUUUGUUCUUCUAUCCCUUUCCAUAUCAAUUUCCUAUUGCUGUAUCACCAGUUUGUUCUCCUGUCACAUGUAUGUUCCCAUAUUGACUGUACGUUCACAUAAACACCUUUAUGUCCCCAUAUCACCUAUAUUGUUACCACAUCCUCCUUCAUGCUUAGUGGGCCAAGCUUUGAAAAACGAAUCAGAUUAUUUAUUGCUGGAAUGUGUUCAGGUCAUCCAGUUAACAAAGUUCAAGGGUCAUACAAUACAUUACUGCCUUCAUAAAUUUUAAUCUAUUUUUCACCUGUUGAUUAUGCCUAAGUUUCUGAUGAGAUACAUAUAAUAGGUACAUUGUGGUUUAACAGGUGUGCUGAAAGAUUUUGACCUUAAGGAUAAAACACCAAUGUUAAAAGUGUUGCGGGGUGAUGUUACCUGCAAUGAAUGUGUGGAUAUAAGUAAAAUAGCACCUUUAAUAUUUUGUAAAUGAUCUAAUGUAAAAGAAAUAAUUUUGCUUGCACUGACACAUCUGAAAUGCUUUCAUAUUGCUUUUUUUUACUACAUGUAACAGAAUUUUAGGCAUUAGUUUUAGUGUGUUGAAAAAAAUACAGCUGUAACAUUGCUAUUGAAAUAGUAUUAUUUGGAACUUUGAAUGUUAUUGUAUUAUUGUAACAUUUGGAUGAUAAUAAUUUAAUUUUUUUUAAAAUCAAAAAUACCUCACUAUUAUUAAUGUAAUAAGAAUGUAAUGAUAAUGCAGCUUUUAUUGCUGAUGUGAUUAAACAGUCAGUUGCGGGCAGCCGAGGAAACCUUUUGUCCUCAUUUUCAUGAUGUAAUUUACUUUUCGUUUUCUAAUUUUAAUUUUUUUUAAAUUUUGUGUAACGUUUGUACAAUUUCUAAAACCCAUCUAUUACCAUGUGUCAUGUAUGCCAGCUUUAAAAAUAUUUUUUGUAAAACAACAUUCCAAAUGUUUUUGGUUCUUUUUUUAAUAAUUUUUUUUUUUAUUAAUUAUAAAUCAUUAUUAUUUUUUUUAUUAAUUAAUAAUUGAUUUUUUACAAAUAACGUGUACAACAAUGGUGCUAAUACUUGAGAGAAGGAAUGUACACAUUUUUUUUUUACCAACCAGUGGAUGGAUCUCCUAUUUCAUAAAGUUUGUAAGAUUAAACAGAGACUUUUUAAAUUAUCAUUUUGCCAUAUACACAGUAAAUUUAAUGUAGAUUGAAAUUCUCUGAAGGUUGGGGUACCAUGCAUGUGUUGAUGUUGUCUCGUAUCUGCUGACUUGAUUCAAUGAUGACAUGAAAUAGUGCUAUUUUUAUAACCUUAUUGAAAAGAAUAAAAAAUAUUGUGAUACCCUA